AUGUCAAAUUCCAGUCAUAUAUGUAUGUGGCAUAUUAUUCGAAAAACUAUCGACUGUUUCGAUCAAUCAAUAUUAAUACCAUCAUCUAAACGUUCUUCUGUGUUGUCCUCAUCAUUAUUUUACAGGUAUUCAACAAUAAUUUUAUUUUUCAUUGGUUUAUGUGGAAAUGGUUUUUCUAUCGUCAUUUUAUUUCGUAAAUCAUUAAGAAAAUUUUCUGUCUACAGAAGUCUAUCUGUUAUUUGUAUUCUAAAUAUUUUUUAUUUAAUAUUGAUAGUCAUUCGUCAUAAUAAUAUUUAUAAAAUUGAUAUACGUCUAUUAUCUGUUUCAAUAUGUCGUCUACAUUCAUUUCUUGUUGCUUAUUUUGGUCAUUUAUGUUCAUGGCAACUCUGUUCAAUGUCGAUUGAACGAGUACACGAUCUACUGAGUUUAAAGCAGCGCCGUUCAUCAUCAUGGUUACGUACAUUUAUUCAAUUUUUAUUAUUUGCUAUACCAUUAUGUUUAUUUGAUGCUCAAUUGGUAUUUAAUUAUGGUCUAAAUUCAAAAAUGAACAAUUGUUAUGCUAAAAGUAAUACUCAAAAUUAUUUGUUCGAUGGACAAAAUGUCUCACAUUAUUUUCAACGGGCAUUGAAAUAUCCAAUAAAUAUAACACUGAAUCAAACAUUCAAUAAUUAUCCGUCAUCAUCGACAGUAAACACAGUAUUAGGCUGUGUUUCAUGGAAUAUAUAUGAUGCAUUCAUCUAUGCUAUUAUUCCAUUCACGAUUAUGACAAUAGGUAGUGUUAUUAUUAUUUUAAAAGUAUGCCAAACACAUCGAGCUACUGUAGUCUUUGGAAGAAGAAAUAGACAUAGUCAGACAAGAUAUACAAUUUACGACAAUCUUUCAUUUAUUCUUAUUUCUAUCAAUAUUUCAUUUCUACUAAUGACAAGUCCAUUUAAUUUUUAUUUGAUAAUCAACGCGUUCAAAUCGAGAAAAUGUACUAUUCAACAUCAAUUUAUAAAUGAAUUAUUACGAACAAUACAAAAUGCGUAUCAUGCACUAAAUUUUUUCUUUUAUUGUGUUGUGGGUAAAAAGUUUCGUGAUGCAUUUUUGUCUAUUUAUGCAAAAUUUCAAUUACGUCAUUAUCAAAGACCACGGUGUUGCUCUAAUAGAUCGCGUAUGUCACGUGGAAUUCAAAUGUUGAAUAUAACGAAUGACGAUACAAAACAUAAGCAAAAUUUAAAACCGUCAAAAGUGUUUAUUUAA